CCUCAAAUUUAUGGAAGUGAUGUUGACACCAUACACCAUGUAGUUUAGAGAGGUCACAAAGCUUGAAAUAGACCUUCUUGAAUAGACCCGCGCAGCCAAGUCGCAAGGGUGUUUUUCUGUAUCACACAGAGAAAUCCUUUCCUCAUGUGGAAAAUAUAGGUGAUACAUGGGUUUUUACAAUUCUUGUAAUGGUUUGUUUCUGUUUUUCUUUUUUCAUACUCAGUUCUGUUACCUAAGUAGGGUGGGGUAGUAGGGUGGAGCUUGGCGUGUGUGGAGUAGGCUACCAUCACCCUUUCAUUGAGGCAAUGAUGCCUGUAACUUUUUGCUUUUGAUCUGCUUAGCAGCACUGAUGAAAGGAGGAGGGCAUUUGGAAGAAAAGUGUCCCUAAAAACAAAGAUAGUACCGUAUGCUACAGAUAUGUGUACAAAAACUCAAAACUCACACAGAUGUUUGUGACAGUUAAUGGUAGGGAACUUCACACUUGGAAUGCUUUGGAAGAGAUGGCAAUUCUGCAUUAAGAUAGGCUGGUCUUGUUCCCUUGUACUGGUAAAAUAGGGAAAUUUGAAUUACCGGUAACCCCUUCGCACAAUGCCUAUGCUAUAACCUACAAAAUUUGUAAUCAACAUUGUAAUUGUAAUGUGUUACUUAAGGCUAUCGGUAUUGUCCUAGCAAUGUCGUUAUGAUGUAAUUGAGGUUUUUUUCAGCAAUUAGUGUACAUGCCCGACGAAGGGCCUAUCUGCGCAAAAAAGGCUAAGCAGAAGUUACGCAUAACAAGGGUAGGGUUGAGUAGCUCAUGAUCAAGACUUUAAAUCUGGUCAACUUUAAACGUCAAAAGGAUUUUCUCAGAGAACUCUACACACUUGGGGGCAAUUCCUUCGGCCGCCCAUGCAACUUCCCCUUCCAGCACGAGGGAAAAUGGUACUCGGAUUGUGCUCCCAGGAAAUCAACCAAUCGCACAUUUUGCUUGACAGGAGGAGACAGAUGGGGUUUCUGUCCAACAACAUCAACUGAGGGCUGGAAGAAGAACCCCCUGACGGGUGUGUAUUACCAGGUGAACGUCAACUCUGCCCUGACAUGGCACCAAGCCCGGAUGAGUUGUCAACAGCAGGACUCAGACCUCCUGAGCAUCACUGAGCCCCAGGAGCAGACCUUCAUCUCAGGGAUCACAAGCGAGUUUACAACUGUAUUUUGGAUCGGACUGAAUAGGUUAAACAACGAGGCUGGAUGGCAAUGGACCAAUGGAAGGCCAUUCCGUUAUUUGCGAUGGGGUUCAGGGCAGCCCAACAGAGAACAUGGAUGGUCCUGUGGGUCUUUAAGCACACUGGAAAACUUUAGCUGGUACAAUAAGCUCUGCUCAAAAAAACAUGGAUAUAUCUGCCAAAAGCGAUCUUCAGCCCCCACUAUCCCCCCAUCCCUUCCAGUAGCUUGCAAUGCUCCCUGGAUUCCAUACGAAGGACACUGCUAUUUCUUGAACCGUACAAAGUACACAUGGAAAGAUGCAAGCGACCAGUGCAUAGCCGGUGGUGGAAAUUUAGCGAGCAUUCACAACAUAGAGGAACAAAGCUUUGUCUUCUCACAGCUGGGCUACAGAGAGACAGAUAAGCUGUGGAUUGGACUGAAUGACAAGAAGACCCAGCUGCUGUUUGAAUGGAGCGAUCAUUCUCGGGUCAUGUUCACUGCAUGGGAUGUGCAGGAGCCCUCACACCACCGAUCUGAAGAGGAGGACUGUGUCCUCAUGGGGGGAAAGGAUGGCAACUGGGCAGAUGAUAUUUGUAGCAGAAAGUAUGGCUUCGUAUGUAAAAAGGCAGGGAACUCAAAGUUUGCCUCCGACAGUGACGAUCAGAGUCCAGGCUGUAAAGUGGGCUGGGUCAGGCAUGGCUACUACUGUUAUUUUGUUGGAUCGGAGACAAGGACUUUUGAAGAAGCAGAGGAAAUCUGUAAAAAGAGUGAUGCCCAUUUGGUUGACGUACAACACAGAGUAGAUAAUGCAUUUCUCAUCAGUCUGGUUGGACCCAGACCAGAGAAGCACUUCUGGAUAGGGCUGAACAACCAAAGAGACCGUUUCGUUUUUGAAUGGACCAACACCCAGAAGGUACCUUACACUCACUGGAAUACUCAUAUGCCAGGCCAGAGACAGGGUUGUGUGGGCAUGACCACUGGCAGUCUGGGAGGGCUGUGGGAUGUACUGAGCUGCUCCAACAAGGAGAAAUACAUCUGCAGACAUCAGGCUGAGGGAGUAGUCACAACUCCUGCCCCUCCCACCUCACCCGCCCCAAGCUGUGCAGAGGGCUGGAGACCACUGGGGAUCAGGCCAUUCUGUUACAAGUUCUAUGAUAUGGACUAUGAUGAGCGAAAGACUUGGUUUGAGGCGUUGGACUACUGUAGAUCCAUUGGUGGGGAUUUAAUCAGUAUUACCAGCCAUCUAGACAACAUCAAAACUGACAGUGGAUGGAACGGGUGGAUUGGUUACAGUGCCCAAGAUCCCAAUGCUGGAUACACAUGGUCUGAUGGCACUUCGUCUGCCUAUACAAACUGGAAUGAAGGAGAACCAGACAAUAAACACAAUGAUGAGAGCUGUGUGACAAUAGAUAUAUCUAACACGCUUUGGCAAAACCGUGCCUGUGAAUAUAGAAGUGACUUCAUCUGUGAAAUACGUAAAGGACUUAUCCCCAAGCCCCCUGCUAAUGUUACGAUUUCCAAGUACAAUGUCAGUAGAGAUGGUUGGAUUGAAUACAACGGUCAUCAGUACUUAAUCAGUUUUUAUGACACUGAUUACAUGGACACUGCUCAGAAGCACUGCAGGACAAUAGGUGGUUACCUUGUAAUUAUAAACGACAGAGCAGAGAAUCGAUUCAUCAGGGGCCAGAUAUCAUCUUCAUGGAAUCACUUCUAUAUUGGGAUGGGCAUUGACUUUGAGUCCAACAUCAGGUGGAUGGAUGGGACUCCUGUGACUUAUCAGAAUUGGGCCGAGGAAGAGCCCCCAAGUGAAAUCAUUGACCAAACCUGCGUGAUUAUGGAUUACUCGUAUGGUCUGUGGUCUACGACUAACUGUGGUAAGCGGUGGCCUUACAUCUGCGAGCGUGACGGGGAACCUCCUGUAAAUUCCACAAGGCCCCCACCUCCAGUCCCUGUUGGAGGGUGUGCCCCAGAGUGGACACAGUACAACGAGCACUGCUACAAAAUUGAAAGUUCUCCAAAACGUUUUAAAGAGGCUCAGGUAUACUGUAGAAAAGGAGGUGGGAAUUUGGCCUCCAUUGUAAGCACAGAGGAACAAGCAUUUUUUACUGUUCUGAUGUCGGAUGUCCGUGGAGACGUGUGGAUUGGGAUGAAGUCUACCGAUUCAGAGGUUUUUUGGACAGAUGGAAGAGGCGUAGCUGUUACGAAUUUCAACAGAUUGAAACGUCCUUAUCCAGUUCUCUAUCCGUCAUGGAAUGGCAUUGAUGAGGAGGUGGUGUGCUAUAAGAUGCUCCAAUCUCCUGCCCUUGUCACUGGACAGUGGAGACCAAGUAAUUGUAAUGAAACACUUGGUUUCAUCUGCAAAAGACCAGUGGAUACUCGAAUCCCUCCACAGAAAACAGGGCUAACCCUGUCAUACAAAAGUUUUGGAAACUACUCCCUAAAGGUGCUGGAAAACAAUCUGACAUGGUGGGAUGCCAAGAAGGCUUGUGAAAAAGAUAACGGUCAUCUUGUCAGCAUCCGUGAUGCCGUUGCACAAGGCUUUGUUGAGCUGCAAGCUCACCAACUCAAGCAGCCCGUCUGGAUUGGUCUCAAUACAAAUGAGACAAAUGGGUACUUCCAAUGGAUUGAUGGCUGGAACCUGAAUUAUGUCAACUGGCAAAGGAAUGAGCCCAAAACCCAUUAUACCUGUGUCUAUGUGGACGGGGAAGGAGGAUGGAAGACGGCUCAGUGCAACCAGUCUCUUCCCAGUGUAUGCAAAAAGUCUGCCGAAGUGCCACCUACUCCUGACACCCGCUAUCCUGGUGUAUGUCCAGAGACAGAGAGUGACAUUACAUGGUUGCCCUUUAAGGGGCAUUGCUACAUGGUCACCUAUGAUGAAGAGAACUUUGCACGUGCCUUCAUGACAUGUUCACGAAGAGGAGCAUCUUUGCUUAGCAUUGAAGAUCCUGAGGAAGCUGAGUUUAUCAAGGAGAUAGCUAUCAUGCUGCAGGACACCUACCAGGCAAUAUGGCUUGGCCUUUGUAAGACCCUCAGAGGCCAGUGGGGAUGGCUAGACAAGACCGUGCUGGACUUCACCAACUGGGCCGAUGAUGAACCGAGUGACUAUGACCAGCAUGCUGUGCUCUCGACAGAGGACUUCAAGUGGAGGAGUGGAGGAAGCUACAUGUAUAAACCCUACAUCUGUAAAACCCCCAAAGUUCCAAGUCCCGUAGCUGCCACAGCAAGCCCUUCUACCUCCCAAGGAGCUCGUCGCAAUGUUGCCAUGGCUGUCAUCGUGAUCGUUGUUGCAGUUGUUGCUUUGGUGGGAGGCGCUGCCUUUGUCUAUCAAAAGCGUUACACACCAUCUCUCCCCAGUGCACCUACCUUUGAGAACCCAAUGUACUUUAAGGUAGCAAGGGAAGUGGUUCCAGAUAACAAGUGUUUACUCAAUGACACUGAGGCAGAAGAAAAUUAGUACAUUUUGCUAUAGUGACGUAGUUCUUGUAUAUCUGAAAGGAUUUUGAAUGGUUAAUAUUGUGAUUUUUUUAUACUGUUGUGUUAAUAUAUUUUCUCACAUCUAGGGGGCGGGGGCGGGGUAUUAUGAUGGUUCUUGCUUUAGAUUGUUAGGUUUCAGUAACUUUUAUUCAUAAUGUCUGGCCUAAAACCCGCACCUGUUAACCCAAAUCCAACUCAAUGUUGUAUCAAAUUAGUCAAUAGUCAAUUAUCCUCAUGUCAUACCUUUACAAGAAGAGAUUGUUUCCUGACAAUGGCUUUUGAAAUCUUUGAAGUCUUCUUUACCACAGUUUCCUUAUGUCUUGCUGUAUAUACGUCAAUUUAUGUUUCUGGUGAUAUUUGUCAUUUGUGUGGUUUGGGGCCUACAGUAUAUGAUGCCUACAUGACAACACAUGUGAUCAUAGCUUAACAACAACAGCUGUGGAUGUGUUAGUGAAAAAUGUAACGUUUGUGUUUUUAAUGGAUUAAAUAAAUAAAACAAAUGAAUUCCGACAUUUUCCUUUUUAUGAAAUAGAACACACAAAAUGGAAUUCAACCAUGUGGACAUCUUCCUUGGCAUUCAGUGUCCACCUCCUGACACCUUUUGACAACACCUUGACAUUUUGAUGCUGCAAAAUGUACUUAAGCAAAACACUGUGAAGCAGCAGGAGUGCUCCAUACCAGUAAUUCAUACAUAUGGUGACCUGUAUAAUAAAAAAAUAUACCUACAGUAACUAUGAUGAGCGUAUUGUACUGUGUUACUGUUUUACAAACCAUCCAGAAAAAGAAAGACAUCCUGCAGCUGUAUCCUAAUAAUUCAAAAUGGUGCAAUCUUGAACAUCGGGAGGAAUGUGAGUGGAUGAGGGCUCCAUUACCCGGCUCCAACUACCACGACAGUGACAUACAAGUUUUCGUUUUGAAACAUAACAGUCUCUCUA